AGGGUUGAUGCACCGUCCCAGAAACGAAAUAAAAGAAAACGAAGUCGACCCAGAGCGGAGAGCAAAUACGCCAACAUCGCUGUCUCCACUCCUGCAUUGGCGUUGCAGUUCACUAGAACGGAUAAGUAGUGUUGGAUCCACGUCCACCCCGGAGAGAGAGAGGCUGAGAUGCAGGCGCCGGCCGGUACCAAUGCUCCGGCGUGCCCGUCACCCGCGAUGCUGUCGCAUGGCGUCAGGAUCGCCAGGUCGCACGCCUACGACUGGGUCGCGCUGCUCCUCCUCGUCGCCGUCGAAGGCGUCCUCAACGCCAUCGAGCCGUUCCACCGGUUCGUCGGCGAAGACAUGAUCGCGGACCUCAGAUACCCCAUGAAGAGCAACACCGUCCCGGUCUGGGCCGUUGCGGUCGUUGCUGUCAUUGUGCCCGUGCUCAUCUUCGUCGCAAUAUACAUCUGGAGGAGGAAUGCGUAUGAUUUGCACCAUGCUAUACUUGGUAUUCUGUUCUCUGUGCUGAUCACCGGCGUCCUGACCGAUGCUAUCAAGGAUGCCGUGGGCCGUCCGCGCCCCAACUUCUUCUGGCGCUGCUUCCCUGAUGGAAUCGCUGUGUACGACAACAUCACCACAGCAGUCAUAUGCCACGGCGACGCCAGCGUGAUCAAAGAAGGCCACAAGAGCUUCCCAAGUGGCCACUCUUCCUGGUCUUUUGCCGGCCUGGGGUUCCUGUCGUGGUACCUCGCCGGGAAGGUCGCCGUCUUCGACCGACGAGGGCACGUCGCCAAGCUGUGCGUCGUCAUCCUGCCUCUCCUCGUCGCCGCUGUCAUCGCCAUCUCGCGGGUAGAUGACUACUGGCACCAUUGGCAGGACGUCUUCGCGGGCGGCAUCCUUGGAAUGGUGGUUGCCUCUGUUUGCUACCUGCAGUUCUUUCCACCACCCUCUGGUGACAAAGGUUUCUGGCCACAUGCACACUUCAAGUACGUCAGCGAGAGAGAAGAGGAGAGCCGGAGGCGGCGCGCUACUGAAAUGAGCAACAGUGACUCAACCGCAGUUGUCCCUUGGCAAGGUGUGGCUGGAGCAAACACGAGCCGAACGUUGGACGCGAUGGAGUCCGGUACGUAGGGCAGGGUGAUGGCCCGUGUAAAAUGGAUGCAUGUAUUGUGUCCUGUGGAUCGAUCCGCUGUCCCCUACCCUAAGCCUUGCAGAUUUCAGCUACCAAGUUCCAAAAUGUAGGGUUGAAAGUGUCACUGAAUAUCACUGUAUAUAUAGUACUUUCUUCGA